AUGAGCGCCCUCGCGGCAUCUGCCACUUAUGACAGAAGAGCCUCAAGGUCGAAUCUUUCCACGGCAUCUUCGGUGAACACCAUUCAAAAGUUUGCCUCAGUCACAGUUAGGUCUGUUUCUCAGAAUGCUCCGUUGACAAGAAGAUCGAACAGUCCUAACAGUACGCGCUCCGGUGCUUUUCACGACCGCAACGAUAGAAGUCGCUCCAGAAGUCGACCCGAGAAUCGAUUCGAGCCCAGGCCCCAAGGCCACAAUUUGAAUAUUAACCGUUGGUCACAUUCGACGUCUUCUAGUGUUUCAGCGAUCGACACCGAAGCGAUCCGUGCCCGGGUGAAUGCCUCCAGUAGACGGAUGAGUUUGGCUUCUUCCUCGGUCUCUGCCGCUUCUGAAGGACGAGCGCCAGAAUCCGCCAUGCACUCCAGGCCUUCGAGUCGGAGUCCUGCGAGAAAUGCCCGUACGGCUUCACGACACCUCCGAGUGGACCAGAGUUAUGGUUCUCGGGAUAUCAGCCCUGUGACGGGCUCACCUCUCACGCCUACAUCCAUGUUCAAUCCGAGCGCGGGCGACUUCCUCGGUGAGACGUGGCAAAGUCGUAAGGCUGUGAAGCCUGGUGACUCCGUCGCGAUGUCAAUACAUUAUAUGAGCGCCGGAUCACAGCCACGUCUUGAAGCUGCUGACAACGCUGCGUCGCAGUACGCCAGCCAAAGGACACGGCCGAGCACUCACGAAAUACUACCCGAACCGCAAGACGAACGAGACGCCGCCGACCCGGUGACGUCCACUGUUUCAGCCAGAGGACGAGGCCAUCGAAGUCCGACUCAAAAAACUAUGCUAUCGAAGGCAUUGGGAAAAGCUAAUACCGCCGUCCUACUGGACAAUGCCCAAAACAUUGAAGGCGCCAUAGAGGCCUAUGCCGAGGCAUGUGAUCUUUUGCAACAAGUUCUGGUGCGCAGCUCCGAUUUGGAUGACCGGAAGAAACUGUCUGCCAUCAGAAGCACAUAUUCGAAUCGGAUAGCAGAACUUCACGAUCUGGAUGAUACCUUCUCCGGUUUGAUGGAGAAGGCUCUGCCUGAAGAUCCCCCUUUUGACGAAACAAAUCAAUCUUUUUUUUCGAGCGAUGGCGUCGAACCAGAUACGGCGAGUGUGUUGGAAACAGUCCACAUUCCUCCCCGGCAAGAAUCGCUGUUACCUGAGAUAUUCGGUGGUGAAUCAUAUCUCAGCGAAUCACUCAAUCGCGGAAGGUUACAGAUACCGAGUCUGGUUAUUCCUAUGGAGACACAGUACAUGCCACGGCCACUAUCCCCCAGGAGAACAGCAUCUCCCGCGUCUGGUAGAGAUCUCAGCGUACCGCCCGCCUCCACGACGGUUACAGACUUGAGCAAUGGUACACUCCAUGCACGCGAAGAUAGUACUGAAUCAACUUCCUGGUUGGACACCCUCGAGGACGGUGAUUCUUCGUCUAGAUCGUCUCGGCUGUCCUCGAUUGAUUUUGGGAUCCGGCAAACGCACAAUCUUGUUGGUGAGAUUGAAGCGGAGUUCGAUGCUGCCCUUGACGCUGCUGUCGACGCAGCAUAUGACGACAGCCUGGCUGAAGAGCCCACGCCCAGGCCCGACAAGAAUGGACAGGAUUUUGGCGGAGAAUCCAGUGAUCCAUCCGCGGCUUUCCAGCCAGAUCUCCAGCCACAGUCGUCUUUGGGCUCCGCCGAUCUUGAUUUCACUCGAGAGUACAAUGACGGGAACUCCUCCGACGAAGAAGAUCGACUGCUGGAGGAAAUGACAAAAGGAUACACCUUUGAUCGCUUCUCCUUUGAGGACAGAUCCAAGUCCGCUCUCCCUCGGCAGUCCGAUUCAAGUACGUUUUCCGGUCAGACUUGGGCGAGCUCCUUUCAGUCAACGACUGCGACGAAUGCCGGUAACUUGGGUACAUUGGCAGAGUCUCAUGAACCUUCGCCGGAAGACCCCCCCCGACCAACCCCGCCAGCUAAAGAUACGGGCUUGACAUCACCGCGCCAGAGAGCGCUUCCUCCUACCCCUUCAGCGCCUCUUCCAGCUCAAUCUGCUCGAGGGACCGUCAGUACCGAAAAGUACGGUGGCCUCGGCCUUCGAGAGAGGAGGUUUUCAGGUCAAAGCGGGAAACAACUGAAGAUCGAUACAUUUACCCGGCGGAAAUCUUCGAGCUUUCCAGCCAACCCUACAGGCCAUGCGUGGAUCUUGCCAGGGCUGGAAUUCUCCACGGAUAAUCGUCCCAAAGUCCCUCAAUCAGCGCCUCUCGAUCGUUCCAUCAUGUCGAUGGCUAUCAACGCUCAACCUGUUACAUCUGUGGCUUCGAUGGCCUCGGCUGAGUCUGUGCAGGGUGAGUCUGAGUCUCCUGCAACUCCCGCCAUGACCCAACGUCGAUCGCAAGGUAGUAUCGAUGACUCCUCGGUCAUGCCGCCGCCGACGGUCAUGAGGAAGAAUUUGUCCUCCUCGAGCCUGAGAAGGAGGAACCUAUCAGUUGCCACAACCGAAGUUAACAGCGAAUCCCCUAAUACGCCGACAAGUACUAGCUUUGUCGGUGAAACGAAGAAGGUCGUGCCGCCGUUGCCCUCAGCGGCGGCUUUCGGCCCCCACCUCCUUCAGACAGGAGGGUUUUAUCUUUUCGACGAUCAUCUGGGAUCUCCCACAUCUCCAAGUCCUCCCCGAAGCCCGGGUGCUCAGUCCUUCGCACCUCGACCGGAACCUCUCGAACCCUGCCCUGAAUCGAGCUUGCUCCGGCCCUUUUGGCUAAUGCGAUGUCUGUACCAAACGUUGGUUCAUCCAAGAGGUGGAUAUAUUACGACUAAACUUUUCAUUCCCCGCGAUAUCUGGCGGGUCAGAAAUGUCAAGCUGAAAGCUAUUGACGAUAAAGUGUCUCAGUGUGACCUGCUGACUGCCGCCCUCUUGAAGUUGGGCAAAGUCGACACGCUUGAUGCAGAUGCCGUGCUCGAAGAGUUACAGUUACUUGAGGUUGUCCUCGACCAGGUCCGAGUGACCUUGCAGAAGAAGUUGGGCAGCGAGGUGGGGUUUUCGGGAUCAUCCAGCCUCUUCAAAGCCACCGGGGAAGACCAUGAUGCACCUUCGACAAAGGCAAACAACACAACUGCCAAAUCUCUGGCUUCAAGUUGGCGGAAGCUUCGCUCCAAAUCCAGCGCUCCUGCGGUCGGACAUCAUCAUGUGCAGAAGGAUGUCGCGGCGCAUGGGCUGACCAUGCCUUCAUUGCCGAUGACCUCCUCCUUCUCGUUUCAUUCGUCGCGGUCGCAUCUGAACCGCAGGACCACUCCACCUCUAACGCCCACGCAAUUGACCAACGUGCCGCCCGUUCAUGCCUCUUACAUGUCCAGCCUGGCUCGUCUGUUUGACGCCGUUCAAGUCUUGGACGGCAUUGCUCGUCAGGUGGAAGACCCGGGCUUGAAGUGUAGCAGCAAGACCCAGGUCGGCUUGGAACUGGGUGUCAAGAACGCAGCGGAGUUCUUCGCCUUCUAUGUCAUCCGUUUCGUCAUGACUGACCUGACGCUGCUGCUCGAUAAGUUUCUCAAGAGAGGGACAGAAUGGGUUCUGACCUAA